CACGCAUGUCGUUUAUGAGGCAAGAUCCUCGGGCCAAUCGCAAACACAUACAACAUCAACAACAACAACAACAACAUGUUUUACGUGAUCGGGCUCGGUUUGGGUGAUCCAAAGGACAUAACUGUCAAAGGAUUAGAAAUCGUGCGAAGAUGUAGGCGAGUAUAUUUGGAAUCGUACACAUCAGUCCUGACAUGCGGACAGGAAAAAUUGGAAGAGUUCUAUGGUCGUGAGCUAAUUAUCGCAGACCGUGAACUGGUUGAACAGGGAGCUGAUUCUAUCCUUCACGGCGCGGAGCAUGAGGAAAUUGCUUUCCUAGUUGUGGGUGACCCCUUCGGUGCAACGACUCAUGCGGACUUGUUACUACGAGCAAAAGAAAUGAAUAUUCCUUCGCUUGUGGUUCACAAUGCUUCUAUUAUGAAUGCAGUGGGUUGUUGCGGCCUUCAGUUGUAUCACUUUGGUGAAACAGUGUCCAUCCCGUACUGGACCGAUACCUGGCGUCCUGCUAGCUUUUAUGAUAAGAUUCUAGCUAACAUAAAACAUGGGCUACAUACGCUUUGCCUGUUGGACAUUCGAGUGAAGGAACCAACCAUAGAGUCACUAACGAAAAAGGUUCGUGUUUACGAACCGCCACGUUUCAUGAGUUGCAGCGAAGCUUCUGAAAUACUGUUUCAGUUAGUCCAAGAGCACAGGGAUAAUGAAAACGAAUCAUGUCGGGCGGAACUAUCCGAACGGACCGUCGUGGUGGGUCUAGCACGAGUCGGUCACGAUACUCAAACGAUAAAAGCUUGUACCUUACAAGAAAUGAUAAAAGCGGACCUUGGCGGACCACUACAUUCACUCAUCAUUCCGGCUCCGGGGAUACAUCCAAUGGAGGCAAAUUAUUUGCAACAGUUUUGCGAAGGAGAUUUGAACCAGUUACUUAAAAAUGCCAUACGAGAGUAAACCGUCAUCACUGAACGAUUGGGUUUCGAUAUUGUUAAAAGUUUUUUUUUUUGUCCAAACUUAUAUUUUAAUAAAGUGGACAUAAAGUAUAACAGUUUCUUUUUUUCAUAUUUUGCAAUACCAGCUACACCAUAGGAAAGAAAAAGCAUUCCCAAUUCAUUGUGCGUUACGAUAAUUUAACGAUAUUCGUAUCACUACGAAUCUCAUUUCCGGCAUUGGUCAAUUUUGAAUAGCAUAUAAGACUAAUCAACGAUGUAGAAU